CCCGCGCCAAAAGCGAAAUGACUUGACAAGCGCCGACCGUCCCCGGACUACAACCGUACGCAGCUCACGAAUUUACGCAACACCACGCCAUAGUUGAACCUCCCACACAAACACACGAUACGCAACAUUCGCCGCAUGCCCGACUCAGCAACCGUCGCAACCGCGCUCCUCCUCGCCGCAGCCGCCGCCCUCCUAAUCGCCGCAAUGCUCUACCCAUCCGCCAUGCUGCGCUGGUUCCAGCGCAAGCGAUACCAAUACGAAGUCACGUUCUCGCUGUACAUGUUAACCUCAACCGAGAAGUUCAUCUUCAACUCGGUCCUGUUCUUGCUGUUGAGCUUGCUGAUAAUCGCCGCGUCGCUCUACCUCCCCGAACACCUCAGCAUCAUCGCGAGCCGCAUCUUCUACUACUACAGCGGCAAGGAGAACGCGCACGCGGGACUCGCGCAGAAGCCGGUCGGCGAGCCGGCGCAUGCAGGGCUGGCGGGGCACGGGCGGGGGUUCAUGGAGCCGUGAGCGCAGUCUGAGCGCCGUGGGCAUAAUGUGGGCACACAAUGGUCGAGCAUGUGAUAUGGGGAGCGAUAGCAUGGGAGGCGUUGAGACGGCGUUGUUGAAUGGCAGCUCAACACGAGCGUUUAGCUACUCGGAGCGUGUAGCCACGAUAGAUACCACUUAAUUGUAAUACUUCAC